AUGGCAGCUCCCCCGAUCGAUCAAACUGGCGCCCCGUCAAUAAAAGUAACAGACCUCUCCUACACCUUCCCCGACCGCUCCCUCGGACUCCACAACCUCACGCUCGCGCUCCCCCCCUCCUCCCGAACUCUCCUCAUCGGCGCCAACGGCGCCGGCAAAACUACCCUCUUGCGUCUCCUCUCUGGGAAGCGUCUCGCGCCCUCAGGCACCAUCUCAGUCGGUGGUCUCGACCCCUUCAAAGACGGCCUCGAAGGCGUCACCUACCUCGGUCUGGAAUGGGUGCUCAACCCCAUCGUGCGCACCGACAUUGGCGUGAAGGAAUUGCUGAAGAGCGUCGGCGGGGACCACUACCCCGACCGGAGGGAUGAGCUGGUGCAAGUGCUGGAUAUCGAUUUAGAUUGGCGCAUGCAUGCCGUGUCGGAUGGCGAGCGGAGGAGGGUUCAGCUGGCGAUGGGGCUGAUUAGGCCGUGGCGGAUCCUGCUGCUGGAUGAGAUUACAGUCGAUUUGGAUCUGCUGAGCCGGAGCAACUUUCUGGCGUUCUUGAAGAAGGAGACGGAGACGCGGAAGUGCACGAUUGUGUAUGCGACGCAUAUUUUGGAUAAUUUGGCGGAGUGGCCGACGCAUCUGGUGCAUAUGAGUCUGGGCAGGGUGAAGGAGUGGGGGGGUAUUGAGACCUUUGAGUUGGAUGGGAGGGGUACGAGCUCUGGAAAUUCAAGGUUGGGGGAGUUGGUUUUGGGGUGGCUGAAGAACGAUUUGAGCGAGAGAGGGCCGAGGAAUCAGGGAAAGGGGAGCGAGGGUACGGCGUACAUGCCUGCUGGGGUAGGUGGAUAUGGUGCGGAGGAGUUUGACAAGAAGAGGACGUUCUAA